AACACGUAAAACUAAACAGAUGCCACUACCUCUCCUACACUGAGGACGUCAGCGGGAGCAGCUAACAUCACUCCCAGACGGAGAGAGGACCGAAAAGAAACGGGCACACGCGACGAUUAAACCUAGACGGCCCUAGUUAGUCAGCUCCAAGAGAAAUCCAGGUGUUUCUGUUAGCCGACAAAACAGCGUUUCUCUGGCACGAAAAGGUCAGCUCAUCAGGUGGCAGAAAUACCGCUAUGGCCCAGGAGACCAAUCAAAGCCCAGUUCCUAUGCUCUGUGCCACUGGCUGUGGUUUUUAUGGCAACCCCAGGACUAACGGCAUGUGCUCCGUGUGCCACAAGGAGCACCUGUCACGACAGAACAAUGGAGGAGUUGGUUCUUUGAGUGGAGUGGGCAGCAGCUCCACAGCUGAGGCUUCUGCAAUCCAGAGGUUAGAGGCCACCCUGAAUAAUGCUGCGGCUGCUGCAGUUGCUGCUGCAGAGGUGGCAGCUGAGGCCGCCGCUGCCUCUGAUGCUGCUGCUGUCACAGAGGCACUCAGUGGGAUUUCACCUGCCAUUUCUGUAACACAACAGAUGACUGAGAUGAGUCUCUCCUCUGAAGAGAAAGGAGCGUCAGGCAGUAAAGUGGAGCUCAUAGAGCCAGUUGUGAGUCAGCCAGCCGUCUCAGCCUCGCAUCCCUCCACUGCUGGCAGUGAAGACUCCAAAUCCCCCGAGCCCCCCAAACCCAAGAAGAAUCGGUGCUUCAUGUGUCGUAAAAAGGUUGGCCUUACAGGUUUUGACUGUCGCUGUGGAAAUCUGUUUUGCGGAAUUCACCGUUACUCCGAUAAGCACAACUGUCCAUACGACUAUAAAGCUGAAGCUGCCGCAAAGAUCCGUAAGGAGAACCCCGUUGUAGUUGCUGAAAAGAUCCAGAGAAUAUGAAAACUGGGAGUUUGACUUUGAAGCCUGGGAGUGAUCGCCUUUCAGACAAUGGACUCUAGCCCAACUUUUCCUCCCAAAGGACUUGUUUGUUUGUUUUUUGUUUUUUUUCUCUUUUGUUACACAUCAGGGUGUUUUGGGGCCCCCUGUGCAUGGAUGUUCACGUUUUCAGCUUCUUAUUUGUGUGUGAGUUAAACACUUUAACAGGAUUUUAUUGAACUAAAGAAAUGUUGGGAUUGAAGUGAGGUGGUUUUGUGUCACAGUAACCGGCUGAUGUUGGAGAAAAAUGUGAUUACCCUUUAGAGUGAAGGGGGGAGAAAAAAAAAAACCUACCUUGCCGGUUUUUGUGAUCCUCCUGAAAUCGCUUGAACUUCGCGUGGAAUGGGGCUGUGAUGGCCUUGGACUCUGGGACUUCUCAGCUGUGCUUGCUCUCUGCUGGCUUGAGUAGCAAAAUGGAUAUCUUGCUUUUCCGUUUGCAGCCGUCGCUCUGUGAAGUCAGUGUUUAACCCUCCCGUCUUGCCAGAGUUUGGUAAGUUUUUAUCUUCUUGGACUUUGUUUCUCUCUGGCUCAUAUUCUUUCCCAGAAACCUAAGGUAGUUGGGCCGUUUUCUCUCCCAUUGAUUUCUGUUUUGUU